AUGCCUUCUUUCGUCGCCAUUGCCGCCGCCGCCCUGGUGGGCCUCGCAGUUGCACAAAACAACACCACAAGCUCGGGCAACACUGUCAACCUUUUCAUCAACGACGGUCUACACGGUCGGGCUGAAUAUGCCGCCUCAAUCGUAAGCGCCUGCGGCGACCAGACCGUCUAUGCCAUCCGCUGCACCAGUGCAAACGUGCCGGCAGAGACAUGCGGCCCCAACGCACCGAUACUGACCUUGACGGAGGGCCCGUCCGACUACAUCAUCAGCGUGGUCAGCAAGACCAAGACGGCCGGCCACUCUGCUACGGUGACGCUGGGCGAGUCGUGCGUCCUGGACGGAACAACGGCCGCGUCCUGCUCCGGCGAAUUCACCUUCAUCGUGGACAAGACGACCAGCUCGGUGGCUGUGUCGACAGUGCUCACGGGUACCGACUACCACCGCUUCGACGUGGCCAUCACCGGCGGCGCCGAAAAGACCGCCAGCGCGACCGGAGAGUGCAAGGCCAACGCCGCGCCCGCCGGGACCAGCGUCAGGAUGGUGGCUGGUCUGGGCGCCGUGCUCGCGGUCGGUCUUGCGGGGGUGCUUUCUUUGUAA